UCAAGCAUAGUUCUUUAAAAUCAUUCACGGCACACGUUACUCAAGUUAAUGAUAUUCAUUGUGUGCAUCGCACGUGAGAAAACUCCCAUUGAAAUUGAUAGAAUCGCUUUUUGCCAUAGUAGUAUUGCGCCAAAGGCUGUACUCUUAAGUCGUGUGUAAAAUGUGGAAGUUAAUGACACUAGCGUUCGCGAGUUUAGUCUCGACGGCGCCUACAACUUUAGACUUCAACAAUUUCGCACCAAUCAACCAGUUUGCAUUAAGGUUAUUGGAUAACACUUACGCAUACGAGAAAAAUGAUCCCAAUAAGUUGAGAACAAAUAUUGCAAUAUCGCCCCUAUCUGUAUGGAGCAUCUUCUCUCUGCUAGCAGAGGGUUCUUCUGGAGAUACCUUCCUGGAAUUAAUGAGGGAGUUGCGACUUCCCAGAGAUUUGAGAUCAACGCAGGCGUUGCAUUUAGCAGCUAGAAAUAUUUUGAAGUGUGGUGAUAAAGAUGUCCUCAUAAAUGGAAAGUCUGUUAUAUUCUCUGACUGUUCUCUGGAGAUUCAUCCUGAAUUCUGUAAAGCCGCGGUUACAUAUAAUACUGAUAUAUACUCUGUGGAUCCAAGCAAUACUACUAAACUUGCGAAUGAUAUAAACUACUUCAUAUGUUUAGCAACGGAAGGCAGAAUAUUGAAUGCAGUUAAACCAGAAGUUUUGGAGAACCUUCGAAUGGUUCUGAUAGAUGCUCUUUACUUCAAAGCUAAUUGGACAAAACAGUUUGAUCGUUCUUAUACAAAGGUUGAAACCUUUUAUAAUUCUCAAGGAAAGAUGAUAGGUUCUGUGAAUAUGAUGUACCAAAAAGGCAACCACAGUUUCGGGGAUGCAACUAGUAUAGAAGCUCAAGUGUUGGAGUUGACAUAUGGUCGUGAUCAGCAAUUUGCGAUGCUUAUUCUGCUACCAUUUGAUGGUGUAACAAUAAAGUCAUUAUUGAAAAAUCUAGCAUCUCAACCACUAAGCUGGAUGACCGAAUAUAAAUACUCCACGAAUUUACCAGACAUUGAAGUUUAUGUACCAAGAUUUAAAAUGUCAUCUCAGACAAAUUUAAUACCACCCAUGCAAUAUUCAGGAAUAAUUUCAGUUUUUGAUAAACAGAGAGCUCAGUUACCUGGUGUGUCUAACAGUCCAUUAUUUGUGUCUAAAACCAUUCAGAAUGUUGAUAUAGAAGUGACUGAAAGUGGUACAGUGGCUGCGUCAUCUACCGUAGUAGGAUUAGAGAAUAGAAGAUUGGGACAAAAGUUUGUGGCCAAUAAAGAGUUUGUGUUUCUGAUUAUCGAGAAGUGUUCACGUGCAAUAUUAUUUGCUGGGGUUUACGAAGACCCUUCCCUGUUUUAGUGCAAAGUUGUGGGACCUGUAUAAUAAUGAAAUAUUUCGAUUAUUAGUGCUAAUGAAAUCUGUGACACUGUAAAUAAGAAUACAAGUUGUAGAAAUCAAUUUUUUAGGUACUUUAUGAAAUGAUAAUAUAGUUUUUAUUUAA